CCAAAAGCUGUCCAAUUCAAUUUCAUGUGUCGAUCCGAUUUUAUUCAACCAUUUCAUUUCAGAAGAUUGACUCUAAUUACAGUUUGUCGUUAAUUUCAAGUGAAUCAUUAAAUGAAACGUGAGGGCGGAAGAUUUUCAAGCAUUGAUGUCCGGUGAAUUUACAUUUUAACUUGGUGUACUGUUAACCGUAUCAGUUAUAUCAUAUGGAUCUUUAGGUGUUACAAUGCAUUGGAAGGAACAUUUUAAGCUGAAGGAAUUGGGUCUAGCCUAUAGUCGUCCCCAAGAUUUCGUAACUUUACAACAUGGACCACAGAUUUUAUACGUAAUUUGGGCAGCACUUUGGUUAGCUUAUCAUCUGAUUUGGAUAUUGAUAGAAGCAUACUGGAGUCUAAGUAAUACACCUGGAAAAUGGAUGCUACUCUUGACAAAUCUAAGUUACCUGGCUUUGGCAUUUUUUACAUUGGUAGAUUUUGUCUGCUGUCUAUACGUAUGUUGUUUGAGGCCAGAAAUAGCAAAUGGUAAAAUGAAAUAUUUACCAUGGUAUAUUAAACUACAGUGGAUUACUUUGAACAUCUGUGGGCAUGCAGCAAUGCAAGUUACUCUCCUUUACUGGAUUAUGAUAGCUACUUCAACAAAGGCAUCAACAAUAAACAAGCACGGAAUAAACCUUGUCCACAUAUUGCUGCUUAUGAUCUUAUCAGCUAAACCAAUCAAAUUUCAACAUUUUUAUAUGGCAGUGUUGUCAUCUAUUUUUUACAUCUUUGUAAACAUAAUGUAUUACUUAGCCUGUGGAAAAAUACUUUAUCCGUUUUUAAACUGGGCAAAUCCUGGAACAACUACAGCAUUGUCGUUAUUAUUCAUAUUUGUUUCCACUCCGUUGUCCCAUUUCUUACUGUUUGGUAUAUACAAACUACGUGUGUAUCUUUAUGAAAAGCUGGUGGCUUCAAUAUAUGAAAAUCGCUGUUGGAAAGAUAGAGGAGAUGAAGAGAUAGCAUUCGAAAACGGACUGGACAAAAACCGUAAUUCAACAGAAAAAGAAAAGAUGGAAAUUAUUUGACUAGACUUUAAAAAAAACGUUCGUUUAAAACCGUUAGAAACUAAUAUGCAUUUAUGAAUACAUAUAAAAUGGUGGAAAAAAAGGAUCUUAAUUCUAGUGCUGGACAUAGUUAGAACAUGUUUAGGAGAGUGCUGAAUUUGCAUGCAUGUAUAAUGGCAUGAAAUGAAUUAUAGAUGUGCAUCACGAGAAAUUUGUUUGAAAGCAACAUGUUUGAAUUUCAUGGUGUUUUCUAUUUUCGAUAGAUCGGUAAUGCGGCUUACCAUACGUGGUUUUAUUAUUUUACUGCAUAUAGUUUUUAAUGCUUUUGUUAUAUUUAUCGGUAUGAUAUGAGCUGGACUCUUGUUAUUUUCGUUGAAGUAGGACUUGCCAGAAAGUUGUUUGUGUAGCCAAGGUGUCAUAAUGUUAAUGCUAAAUGUUAAAUUAAUUUUUAAGUACAUUGCAAUUCAGAAUGUUUAUCAUUUUAUUUACAUUUUUAUUCCAUCUUUUUACCAUUAAACUGACUGAGUAUCAAAAACAUUUUCUCCUGUUCUUUUCUAAAGCAGACUCAUUGAAUCCAAUAUUGAAAAAAGAAUAUACACCAAUAAACAGCGACACAAUAAAAGCAAAUGUUCGUUCUUUGAGAUUCACUGAUAACUCUUGUUGCUGAAAAAAGAAACCCACAAUUCUAUCAAGCCUUAUAAUGUUAUAUUUGUAUGUCUUUUUCCUGGUUUCAAUCUUUAGAUAGACAGUAUUAGUAAACCUCAUUUUGAUUAUGAGCCUGUUUUUUAACUUUAAGUCUUUAGAAGUGUUUGGUUUUUUUUUCAAUUUUCGAUCAGUUAGUGUUCAUGUUUUAAGCCCCGUAAGUGUUCUGGUUUGUUGCAAUUAAUGAAUGUAUGGUAAUUUUUGUCUUUAAAUCUGCAUGUUUUCUUUUUGCAAGCUUUGAAUUUCUUGGUUUUUGUCUUAUGUAAACAUGUCAUUAGAUAUAUGAACUGCAAAAUAACAUAUACUCUUUUGGGCGAUAGAAGCUACUUGAACAAAAGGUACACCAACUACUGAAUAAGUAACUAGUAUACACUGUAUGAAUAUUUCUUAUCUGCGGGAUUUGGAUUAAUUUGUAACGAUUGUCAUAAUCAAGGGUGAUAAUUUUUCGAAGACAUGUUAAAAUCUUAAGAUUAAGAUAAUUAAAUAUUUUGUAAUUGUUUUAUGUUUUAUAUAUUCUUUAUAACUGAAUUAAACGCAUGAUACCUAUGA